AUGCUUCUAGCAAUGACAAAUCCCUUGUUUGGACCAAGCGAGGUGACACCCACUACAGCAAUGGGUGUAAUUGGUUCUAGUGCUGUUGAACAUGCUGCUACAGCUAUGCAGCAGAUGCUUAUUCUAGCCAUAUCCUUGUACUUCUGGACAGUGCAAGAAGCCAUUCUGGGAGAUGAAUCUGCCGCCUUCGGUGUGGUAAGUGCAAGAUAUUCCUCUGCUUUCUAA